GGAUGAAAAGGGCUAAAAACAUGUAUCAUGAAGUGCCUAAACCGCUGGUGAUACGUGUUGAUCCUCAACCCGCGACUGCAUCACCUGAGAGAUCAGAGCAGAGAGUUUCAGCAAAUAAACUGAAGAAGGGUGACAAGAAAACGGAUCAUGAAGUGCCUGAACCGCUGGUGAGACAUUUUGCACCUAAACCAUCAACUUCAUCACCUGAGAGAUCAAAGAUGAGACGUUCAAGGAGGAAACUGACGAAGGAAGCUCAAAACAUGGAUCCUGAAGGGUUUCAUAGAUCUGCCUCACCCGACCGGAAUCCUGAACAGACGGAGGUGACAAAAUAUGAAGCUCCAACAGUGCCUGAACCGCUGGUCACGUCACAGUUUGAUCUCUUUAAACACCUGGUCCUCGUGGACAUUGAAGAUGAAGAUGAGGUGCAUAUCAUCUCUCCAUUUGGGCUGAAGGACACCAGACACAGGAGACCUAAGCCCAUCAGGAAAAAACAACCCAUGUUUAGUUGGAUGGAGGAGAACACAGAGAUGCUGGAGAGUGAAAGAUCAGCGAAGAAACCGAACAGUGGCAAAAAAACGGACCAUGAAGGAUCAUCCCCGUACAUCCCAUAUGAAUAUACCGAGGCGAUAUCACUGUCAGCACCUUCAUCACAGUCUGAUCUCAUCCUCAUGGACAUGAAUGAUAACAGCGAGUCUGAUGAGCCUGAGGUGGAGUUCAUCUCUCCAUUUGAGCUGAAGGACCAUAGACACAGAAGACCGAAGCCCGUGACAAAAGAUCAACCGAUGUUUUGUUGGAUGGAGAACACCGAAAUGCAGGAGAGUGAAAGUGAAAUGGAUGAAGUCCACCCAGAAGCUCCAGAGCAGCAGGAGACACCUGUGAAAAAAUCCCAUCCAGAGAGCAACACUGACAAACAACAAACCCUUCAGAAGGAGACAGACGCUCAUGAAAACAUCAUCAUGACAGGUCCUUAUGGUCCCGCUGGAGAAACCCAAGAUCACCUGAAUGGUCCAGAGAAGACAAAAGCUGCCAGCAAAACUAAAGGAUUAUUUGUUCUUCAUCACUGGGUUGAGAAAAAGACCAAAGAACGACGGGAGAAGAAAAUGAGAAAAGAAAGGGAAAUAACAGAAACACAGUUACUGCGGGAGAGAUACUUGAACAGUCCAGCAUUGAAGCAUUUGUGUGUUAAUAAGAACAACUCUAACUAUAUCCCCAUACUCCUUCUAUAACUUAUGUGCAAAAUAAUUAAGUUUAUGUGCAAAUAAUUAAGUUUAUGUGUGAUAAAAAAUAAGUAUGUGUGCAAAAAAAAUGAAGUAUAUGUGCAA